AUGGCACCCAUCCGCAGAUACCUGCGAAUCACCAAAUAUUCGGUCUUAGAAUGUCGGAUCUACCUUGAUAACCCAGCUCUGGCUGAAAGCUGGCUGCUAAACUCUCGAAGUCCGGUUCUACCUCGCGUCAUCGAGAGCGUGCGUCCUCUUGUUCUGCCAAAGCUCCGAGAAGAGAAUGAGCGCAGUAAAAGUAAAGGCGGCAAGAAGAAAGGCGUGAAGGAUGUUGUGAUCGAAGAGGACUUCGAGGUCUCCAUCUUCUUGACCGAGACUAGCACGCGACAUUCCCUUCUCACGAAGCAGAAGCAUUUCCGAGAACCGAGGAAAAAACUCCAGUCGAAUUCUCAUAAGCUUACUGGAGAUACGAAUGACACACCGAUCGAGGUUGAGGAUGGGCCUGUGAUCCUGCGGGAGGAGAGUGACGAAGAGGGCUUGAAUCUCAACGAACUGCCUGAAGCAGACGACGACAUCGAAGACUCUCUAUUCGUAGAAGAAGAAGACACUGGACCUCGCAGAUCCAAACGUCCUCGAGCUCCAACACAAGCGUCAUCACCACCCGAGUCCUCCGCGGGUUUCGCGCCCUUGGCAGAGCCUCUGCCGAAACGACGGAGGGACAAAGAUGCGGUUCCUGCUGAGGAAAGCGAUGACAAGAAGAAAAUGGCAAUGGAUACGUCAUACGACGGAUUCUCAAUCUAUGGACGCGUAUUGUGUCUGGUGGUCAAACGCAGAGACAAGAAAGGGAAGGGACCCGCGGGGUUGGCAGGAGGCCAAGCCAUGAUGGAGGAUUGGAUUACAUCUACACAAAUGCCUGCCAUGCCAGAAGAAGACUGA